AUGUCGACUCUUGAGGACCUCGACGACCUUGAGCAGGAGCAGAGAGACAAGAAGCAAGACCAGAACGAUGGCGAUGGCAAGAAGCCCGAAGGUGACGGUGAUGCUGAUAUGAAAGAUGCCGACAAAAAUGAUGAAGAAGAAGAAAUGCUCGACGAGGAUAUCUUGAACUCAAGCACGGCAGACAUCGUUACGCGACGGCGGAUGCUGGAGAAUGAGAUGCGAAUCAUGAAAAGCGAGUUCCAGCGUUUGACGCAUGAGCAGAGCACAAUGAGGGAGAAGGUGAAGGAUAAUCAAGAGAAGAUUGAGAACAACAGGCAACUACCAUACCUUGUUGGAAACGUCGUCGAGCUAUUGGAUCUUGAUGUGGAGGCAGAGGCAGCAGAGGAAGGGGCUAAUAUCGACCUGGAUGCCACCCGCGUAGGCAAAUCUGCUGUCAUCAAGACCUCCACCCGCCAGACGAUCUUCCUUCCGCUCAUUGGCCUUGUCGACCACGAAACGCUGAAGCCCGGUGACUUGAUCGGUGUCAACAAGGAAUCAUAUCUCAUUCUGGACACACUACCGGCCGAGUAUGACAACCGCGUCAAGGCAAUGGAGGUCGACGAGAAGCCUACGGAGAAGUACACAGAUAUUGGUGGUCUGGAUAAGCAGAUCGAAGAGAUCGUGGAAGCCAUCGUAUGGCCUAUGAAGGAGGCAGAGCGCUUUAAGAAGAUCGGCAUCAAGGCCCCUAAGGGCGCUUUGAUGUACGGACCCCCAGGAACCGGUAAGACGCUUCUGGCCCGUGCUUGUGCCGCCGAGACGAACGCCACAUUCCUCAAGCUCGCCGGACCCCAACUGGUGCAGAUGUUCAUCGGAGACGGUGCCAAGCUUGUGCGCGACUGCUUUGCCCUGGCCAAGGAGAAGGCUCCCUCCAUCAUCUUUAUCGACGAACUAGACGCCGUGGGUACCAAGCGUUUCGACUCAGAGAAAUCCGGAGAUCGCGAAGUGCAGCGAACCAUGCUGGAACUCCUGAAUCAAUUGGACGGCUUUGCCUCUGACGACCGCAUCAAGGUCCUAGCGGCAACCAACCGUGUCGACGUGCUGGACCCUGCCCUCCUGCGUUCCGGUCGUCUGGACAGAAAGAUCGAGUUCCCCCUGCCAAACGAGGAAGCUCGUGCCAACAUCUUGCAGAUCCACUCGCGCAAGAUGUCCGUCGAGGACAGCGUCAACUGGGCCGAGUUGGCUCGCAGCACGGACGAGUUCGGCGGUGCUCAGCUCAAGGCUGUUUGUGUUGAGGCUGGUAUGAUUGCGCUCCGGAAGGGUCAGAGCAAGAUCGGUCAUGAGAACUACGUCGAUGCUAUCGCCGAGGUCCAGGCUAAGAAGAAGGAUACCAACAUGGGUAUCUAUGUUUAG